CUUACUUCAUGCCUAGCCCAGCCUGUUAAGUCCAGAACACCAAUCUCAGCCUCUGUAAUAUGAAUCAUGUAUUUCAAACAUAUGGGGUUUAUAUACCAAUCAAACAGACUACAUCGUACCAUAAAAUAGAAAAUAACAUUUGUACAAGACUUAGCCAAAUGUGGCUGUGAACGUGGGAGGUAGUGAUUAAUAGGCAGAGCAUAAUUCAAGAAUGGUAAAUCGUGUAAUGAUAUUUUAUAGGUCAAAAUAAAAGUUAUGAUAAGAUGAACACGAAUAUAAAUAGUUUAGUUAUUUAACAAUUAUACGAUAAAAAUAUACGCAUAGUACUGGUCCAUAAAUGAGUCCCAAAAGUUACCAUUCAUCAUGCUUAUCGGGACCUAAUAAUUCUGAAAAUAAUCAUGGUAGUGGAACAAGACUUGAUUCGUAAAUUGUUUUGACUGUACAGUUAUCUCAUUGUAAGAAUAACCCAUUCCAGUCUUCCUACAUUCUACUUAUAAUCAUCUACAAUUGGAGAGAAAAAAACGGAAAAUAGAGCACAGAACAAAAAAAUGAUUCUGAUAGAUCACUCGUCAAAUAUACACUUGAUUAUAUCGUAAUGUAAUAAUAUGAAUUUUAUUUAGACUAAUCAACUAUUCUGACAACAUCUUUACACCACUGAACUAUGUUAAUUAUAGGUGUUCCACAUCAAUUUCUGACACGAUUUGAUCCCUGUCAACCGCUAGUCGCUGGUGGUUUAUCCAGUGCUGAAGAAGCUUUCGGUUAUCUACAAAUUCGUUUUCGUACACAUCGUUGGCUUAAACGUGUUCUCCGUUCAAAUGAUCCAUUAACAGUAUCAAUUGGUUGGAGACGAUAUCAAACUGUUACAGUAUUUUCACAAGAAGAGCAUAAUUUGCGUAAACGUUUCUUAAAAUAUUCACUACCUCAUGAACAUUGUCUAGCAACUAUUUAUGGUCCAUUGGUACCACCAAAAACUGGAGUAAUUGCUUUUGUGAAUUCUGCAUGGCAGUCAAUUGAUGAUCCAAAAAAUCCACAUUUACCAGCUUUUCGUGUCGCUGGUACUGGUAGUGUUAUUGAUACUAAUCAAUCAUUUCAAAUAAUGAAAAAACUGAAAUUAAUUGGUGAACCAUUCAAAAUUUUCUCAAAAACCGCAUUUAUUCGCGGUAUGUUUAAUAGUCCUUUAGAAGUGAGUAAAAUGAUUGGUUGUCGUAUACAAACUGCUUCGAAAAUACGAGGUUUAGUUAAAGCUGCAUUAACUAAUCCAUCAACAUCGAAACCUGGUGAUUUUCGUGCUACAUUUGAAGCACAAAUUAGGAAAGCUGAUAUAGUUUUUUUGAGAACAUUUUUCGCUGUUGAACUACCAAAAUAUUAUAAUCCAGUUCUUAAUAGACUUUUACCUAUUGUUGGAGAAAAAGAUACAAAUACUACAGGUUGGCGCUUACUUCGUACAUUAGGUGAACUUAAAUGGGAAGCUGGUAUCAAAACAGAAUGUAAUCCAGAUUCACAGUAUAAACCUAUAAAUCGUCCAAUACACAUUACUACACCUUUACGUAUACCGACCAAACUGGCCGCAGCACUUCCAUUUGCAUGUAAACCUAAGCCAUCACGUAAAGAAGCAUUAGCUAUGCUUGGUGGAGAUCCUGUAAAAGCUGCUUUAAAUGCUGAAUUACCUCCUCCAGUUAAAACUGCUGAUGAAAUGGAAUCAGAGUCAAGACAAGAAUUAAUUAUGCGCCUACGUCAAUUACACUCAGAUUUUAUGCAACGUCAAAAAGAGAAAAUGAUUAAUCGUGUAACAAAACACAAGAAACAAUUAGCUAAAGAAAAUGCCAUUAAAGCUGCUAAUGAACGUAAAAGACGAAAACAAUAUUUUGCUCGUAGAUCAUCCCGUGGUGGUAAACGUGCUCGUCGAUCAAAUGGUGAAGACUAAAGAUCCGUUUAAAUCAACCCACGAUAUUGUUCAACCAAGAUGGUUGGUUGAUAUUAGACAUUCACACCGUUGGAUGACGGCUCAGAUGUCUAGAGUUUAAGCGUUCGGGCAUGAGACCGAACGUCCCGGGUUCAAAUCUCGCCUUCGGAGUAAUAAAUACACAUUUCUGAGGAAUCCUAUACUACGACGAGACAGUAGUCCAGUGCUUCGAGGUUUUCAUUGAUGAUCCA